AGAUGAUGUUGAAAUCAAAGAAAACUAAUUUUUCACAUCUUGCAUUGCCAGUUACUGGUUACUUGCCUAGUCUGAUUCCAUUCACAAAAGUGUGCUUUUAACGUAAAACCUUUGUCUCUGGCCUAGGAUGGGAGGAGAAUAGCCAUUUGUUUUAGGAGGUGGCUUUUCAGCCUUUUGAAAAACUUGAGUUGAAGUUAUAUAUUUGCACUGUAUGUUUAACAAUGCCCUUGACACGGCAUCUAAGAUAUUAACCAGCUUCAGCAGAUUAUGCGUCUGACGGGGACACCCCCUGCUUAUCUCAUUAACAGGAUGCCAAGCCAUGAGGCAAGAAACUAUAUUCAGUCUUUGAACCAGAUGCCGAAGAUGAAUUUUGCAAAUGUAUUUAUUGGUGCCAAUCCCUUGGCUGUCGACUUGCUGGAGAAGAUGCUUGUAUUGGACUCAGAUAAGAGAAUUACAGCAGCCCAAGCCCUUGCACAUGCCUACUUUGCUCAGUACCAUGAUCCUGAUGAUGAACCAGUGGCUGAUCCUUAUGAUCAAUCCUUUGAAAGCAGGGACCUCCUUAUAGAUGAAUGGAAAAGCCUGACCUACGAUGAAGUCAUCAGCUUUGUGCCACCACCCCUUGACCAAGAAGAGAUGGAGUCCUGAGCACCUGUUUUCUGUUCUGUUGAUCCCACUUCACUGUGAGGGGAAGGCCUUCUCAUGGGAACUUUCCAGAUAUCAUUCAAGUGCCUCUUGUUGCAAAGAUUUCCUCUGUGGUGGAAGGGCUGUGUGUGUGUGUGUGUGUGUGUGUGUGUGUGUGUGUGUGUGUAUGUAUGUGCGUGUGCGCACCUCCAAAUCCUAGUGGAAGGGUGAGAGUAUGAGCAAACUGUGAUCACAGUGACUGCAUGGAGUUGCAGGUGCUCCAUGGCAGCCUCCUCUUGCUCUUCUGUGUGAGAGUCAGCUUAGGCAGACAAGAGCUGCCAUCUUGUUAGGGAUAUGUUAAAUGCAAAGUAAAUAACAGUAAAUGUCUCAGAUUCCAGUCAUGCUUUUGCCAUUUUAGCCUCUGCCAUGCUGCCACCAUGGCAGUGAGGAUGAGAUGACUGCAUCCCACAGUGGCACUGAGAGAAGACUUACUCCUCCUGGCUGCUUCAGAGCUGAAGCCGUCCUUUAGUGAAGUGUACAGCCAAAACAAGGACCAACUGGCUUUUGUGCACUAGUCUGUGAUUAACUUGCUUAGUGUACUUCUCUGAACUCAUUAGGUAUAUUUGAGACUGUAAAUAUGUUUGUGCCUUAAAAGGAGAGAAGAAAAUAUAGCUAAAGAGAGAACAGCAGAUGAAGUUCUGAGACAGACAAGUGGACAGCCUUUUGUGAACCUGAAGUAACCAGGGAGCCUUCUGAGGCACAGUGUGUGCAUGUGCGAGCAUGCAUAGAUGUGCUUCUCUCUCUCUCGCUCGCUCCUUCUGCCCCCCUCCCCCAGUGUGCUGUUGCCAUCACUCUACUUAACCCUCACCUUCAGUGCAGAGGUUUCCCAAGUAUUGGCCCCAGUAGUCAAAAAUUUGGUUCUUGGUGUCAGUGUACUUCCUUUGUGCUCUUUAUUCCUAGCAGAGUGACAGUGUUCUGCACGUCUUGCUAUUUGAGCAUGCACAACUGCUUAUCUUGUUCUCUUUGGGAAGCCCUGGUAUCAGGCAAGUUUGCCAUUGAAGACUUCUUGGGUAGUUCAGAACCCAUGUCACCUUGGCUGAUGCAGUGGUCAGGUGAUAGCAUCCUCUCUUCAGCCUCCAGUGCUAUUUUGUGUUGAACACAAUUGAUAAUCCAGGUGCUUUUGAUGUGAAAACUGAAGAAAUGGAAUGGGUGGGUGUAUAGUAUUUUCAUUCUUGCCAUCUGGUUUUCAACAAACUGUUUUUGGGGAGUUGUUACAGAAAAGAUCAGGGCUUUUCCCAGGAAUAUCUCAGACUUUGGAAAAGAAGUUACUCUCUUCACUCCCAGUAGCCAAUGCUAAGAAAUGCUGAAAAUCAAAGUGAGAAAUAAAACACACAUGAGGCCAGAAACUAUCUUUGUUUAAAUAAGGUUAUUUUUUAAAGUGACGAGGUGUCUUUUCCACCCCUCUGUGGAAAAGGGUCUUCUUGGCAGCUUAACAUUGGCUUCUUGGUCUUUGUUGAGGAGAAAUAAAUUUUAUUUCUGAAUUUUGUAUAUUGAAGGAAUCCUUUGAGAAUACGAUUCCUUUUGAUGAGGAGAAAAAGGACAAAUUAUUUUAAUAUUUUGUAUUUUCAACUUUCUAAUGAUAAAAUAUCCUCAGGGGUAGAGAAAUGUUUUCAUAAUUUUCUGAAUUUUGGGCAUCUUAUGCUACACAAGGACCGAUAUAUUUAAACCUUUUGUGAAGUAUGAAAGAAUAAAGCCGCUUCCAUUGUUGGCUCUGUGGCAAAAUCUUGUAUUUGGGUCUAGGUGUUUCCAUUUCUCUGCCAUAGUGCAGUGAUACGUGUACUCCAGAGGUGCAGGGUCAGACCCCUGGAUCACCUGGAGCAAGAAGGAAAGACGCAGGCUGAUGGUGACCACACCUCACCUGGGAUAUCCCUCUCUUUAAAGGAAAAUAACCACAAAGGCCUCAUCUCCUUUAUAAUCCACAGCAGGAUGAAUUUUAUCAGCCUUCUUUGGGUGUACAUGCUAGUCUGAUUUCCUACAGAAAUAUUGCUCUGAGUAUUUUUAAUAAAGGUCUUUGCACAUGUGACCAUAUCUGUGUUAGGAGGCUGUGUGCUUCCGGAGCCUGGACUCAACUGGAGCCUGUGGAAGAGCUCCUGGGUUUCUCAGCAUCGUGCUUCCCUCUCCUGAUUUCUCUGAAGAGAAAGAAAAAGAGAGAAUGAGGAAAACUGCUAUUUUAUUUGUACUCAUGAACUUGGUAAUCAGUUAUGCCAUAUAGGAUGUCAUACUAUACCACUGGUUAAAAUAAAGCCUAUUUUUAAAAUUCA